UAAGUACCAGCAGGUGUUCAAGAUGUCAUUGAAGGUGCAGACAAGUAACAUCACAAACAAGAACGACCCCAAGUCCAUCAACUCCAGAGUCUUUAUUGGGAAUCUCAACACAGCCGUCGUCAAGAAAUCAGAUGUGGAGACCAUUUUCUCCAAGUACGGCAGAGUGGUGGGCUGCUCCGUUCACAAGGGCUAUGCGUUCGUACAGUACUCGAAUGAGAGGCACGCACGGGCCGCUGUCCUGGGGGAGAACGGACGAAUACUUGCCGGGCAGACGCUGGAUAUCAACAUGGCUGGAGAACCUAAACCCAACAGACCCAAAGGGCUGAAGAGAGCAACCUCCGCCUUGUAUAGUGGAUACGACUUUGACUAUGACUACUACAGAGAUGACUUCUACGACAGGCUUUUCGAGUAUCGAGGCCGGGUCUCUCCUGUCCCCAGGGUGGUUCCUGUGAAGCGUCCCCGGGUGACCAUCCCCUUAGUCCGACGCGUAAAAGCAACGCUCCCCAUCAAACUUUUCGCCAGAUCAGCCGCCAUUGCAAACAGCUCUGCCAAAUUAAAAUUGAAAUGCAAUGAGCUGCAGACAAUCAAAACCGAGCUGACACAGAUCAAAUCCAACAUUGAUGCUCUUCUGGGCAGAUUGGAGCAGAUUGCUGAAGAACAGAAAUCAUCCACAGAACAGCAGAAGGGCAUCAGCAUAGUGGUGGUUCUACAGUGCUUCCAGUUCUUACAGGUCCAGGCCAUGACAAUCUGA